AAACAAGCGAAAGCAGCUCAGAUUGUUUGGAAAUGGAGGUUAUAAUAGUUUUUCGUCGUAUCUAACAGGAAUAAUUUGUCAAAAUGAGAAGAAAAGUGUGAAUCUCUGAAAAUGACGUCUACAGACACAUACCAGCUGAAAUGGCAUUCGCACAGCUCGCAUCUGAACGGGUCGGUGGCUGCUUUGCUGCGGUCAGAGCGGUUCACAGAUGUGGUACUGUGUACGAUGGAUGGAUCACAGAUCCCUGCCCACAAGUUCAUAUUGAGCUCGUGCAGUGUGUAUUUAAGCAGCUUAUUCGAGGGCCAGCGCUCAGUCACACGUAUGGGUGGCAUGCUUUAUGUAGUUUUGCCCUCCGAAAUCUCUACGAAAGCUUUGAAGAUCCUCGUGGAGUACAUGUACAAAGGAGAAACAACAGUUUCAAACGAAGUAUUGGACACAGUUUUAAAGGCAGGAGAAGUUUUAAAAAUCCGUGGGCUAUGGAGACAGACAGAUGAGGGUGGAGAGUCUACACCUGCAGAAAAAAGUGUUCCAGCAGCUGCGAUUGGUUUAAAACCUUUAGUUGGCAAAAAACCUGAAGAUAUCCAACCAAAAUUAGCUGUGAAAAAAGAUGAUAAACUGCUCAAAACAUUCAAUCCUGUUCAAUCUCAAGGUGUCACGAGGCCUAUGUUCAUUGGUCCACCCAAAUUGGUAUUUAUCAAGACCACAGAAGGUGGAACUCAAGCUACUCUGAGGCCAGGAGGUCCGAAAGGCCAAACUAUUUUAGUAGCACCGGCACCAACACCACCAGACACAUCUGCAGCAGCCGCGGUUCCAUCUCAAGCACCGACAUCCACUAUCGCAGUAACUACCACCACCAUCGCUGAUGACUCCCCAGAUGAAGCUCCACCUCCAAGAAUACUAAGAAGGCAUGCUGCUGAAAGAAAAUAUGGAAAGAAAUCUAAAACUGCAUCUACCACAGACAACGAAGAAUCCAAAGACGAUGAUAAUGUAUCUGUAACUUCAAAAAAAUCUUCACAGAGUAACACAGAGGCUUCAAAUGAAGUUCAAAUUAAAGAUGAACCAGAGUGGGAUGCGAGUAGUAUAGAAGAGGAGGAAAGAUCAAUAGCUGAAAUGUUUCAAGCAGAAAUGAGUGUGAAAACAGAGCCGUUAGAUGAAAUGGAUAUCGAAGAAGAAAGUUUGAUCUACAGUCCACUUGCGUGCGAGUUAUGCGCGGAAGUAUUCACAGUACCGGCGGCGUGGGUGCGGCAUGUGCAGGGACACGCUGGUGAUCAGCCACACUCCAGGAAGAGGAAACACCGAUCCGCUAGCGACGACACAGAAGAGACCAUGGCUUUGCUACGUUGCGAUCUCUGUCAGAAACAUUUCCCGAACCCGGCUGAAUGGGUGCGGCACAUACAAAGCACGCACACAGAGUCAGUAACUGAUCGCGACCCUGAGUUGUUCACGAGUCCAAAAGAAGCCACAGGACCCGUCGAUGAGAACCCUUUCAUGCAAACACUAUUGCAGAAACUGAUCGCGCACGAGCCCACGUCCGAAAUUGAAUUGGCCAUAUCAAACAACAGUGCCCCACCAAAACGUCACAAUCGUUUCACAGAGGGCGCGCAAAACAAGACUUGCUCGCACUGCAAGAAGACAUUCCCGUCACAUGCCUCUAUGCUUAUUCACAUGCGUACACACACAGGUGAACGUCCAUUCGUCUGCGGUCUAUGUAACAAAGGGUUCAACGUGAAAUCGAAUUUGUUGCGGCAUCUGCGCACGUUACACGACCAAAUCAUCAGUCCCGCUGCCGUGGACGGUGACGACGAGGAACCGGGGCCCUCGGAGGUGAAGCGCGAGUCCUGAGGACGUGGAGGGGGAGCAGGAAGAGGGCGCGGCCGCAGAUCUGCGUACAUAAACGCAAUGGCUGAAGCCAACCGCCGCGCCAACGAGAAGAAGAAACAAACGGAUUCAGCAAACAUCCCGCGCAAACAGAGCUAUUCGCUCUUCCUAAAACAGCGCGCCGUUCUCUUCUCCGCUAAAAAGUGGAAACAGUGAAACGCUCCCAUUCACUCACGACUCGCUACUUCGUUUACGUUCAUGUUCAUUUAUGUUCAUUCGUGUUGAAAAAAACUGUAGCGACGUCGAGUAUGGUUCGUUCACUUAUAUCCUGCUCUACCCUCCUUUGUAUGUACUUGAGUAAUUUUACUAUGUAUUGAUUUUAUUAGUCCCUAAUUCAGUGAUUUUUAAUUGUCUUGUAUAAGUCGGAUUAUUUUAAUGCAAGUAUUGACAUUUCAGAAAUAUGUAACUUGAUUUUAAGCUUAAAUUAUUGGGUUUUAUCCCAGUAGGUGUGUAAAUAAGUGUAAAAUUGACUUUAAUGUUUGACAUUGCGUGUUUCAAACGUAUAGAUUUUAUGUUAAUUUUAUUCGAGAUAUGGGCAUGAUUUGUCACUUAUAUUUUUACGCAUACCAAACAGCGCAAGUUGCUAUUACCUUACUAGUUAGCUUUAAGUUAUCAUUCCAUUUGUUUAGAAGUAUAAACUUAAUUUGAAAUUUUAAUUUUAUAAUAAUUUAAAUUUUGACAUUUUAAAUACUCAUGUGUAACAUGAUAAUUUUUUACUAUUGUAUAAUAAUGAUAGUAAAUGUGGAAUG